AUGCCCUAUCCUCCCCAACAGCAAGUGAUUGAGGUCGUCGAGUAUGUAGACGAUGACGACUGGGAUGGGGACGAAGACGACUAUGAGGAGGUUGUGGAGAUUGUGGAACAGGUCGUGACGGUUCCCAAGCAGAAUUUCUCGGCUGUUGCGGCGUAUGAAGUUGGAAUUGGAGCUCCUCCUCCUCUCUUUUUGACACCCAAAGAAAAGGCUCAACUGACAGCGCAAGAAACGCAGAAAGAGCUCGCAGCAGCGUCGCCUCAGUAUGCUCAACAACAAUACGCAAGUCAACAGCAGAGCCAAGAGCCAAUGUCACCCACCAAGCGUGCCAUGAAACCACAAGCAUCCAGUAGACUCUCCAUGCUCAAGCAUCAAUCCAUCAUCAACCAGGCGCUGGACCUGCCAGAUGGCAUAGAGGAGGAAGAGAUCAUUGAAGAAGAGAUCAUUGAAGAAGAGUAUGAAGAAUACGAAGAAGAGUACGAAGAAGAGUACAUUGAAGAAGAAUACUACGACGAUGAAGAGUACAUCAUCGAAGAGAUUAUCGAAGAGACGGAAGAGGAGGCAAAGGCUCGACAACAGCUCGAGGCUGAAAUUGCCGAAAUUGAACGACAAAUUGCAGAGGCCAAAGAGGUCAAGGGCAAGAGAAUGGCCGAAGGAGGUGUGGAAGAAACAUCCAAAGAAAAGGCCGAGCGAAUGGCGCACAAUUCACGAUUGCAGGCUUGCAAACAAAUGAAGGUCGAAACUGACUUUAAACGAAAGGCUGCAGCCAGAGCCAAGGUACUCGCCGAACGAGAAAAGAACUGGGGCAAAAAGGGGAAAAAGAAGCAAAAGGAUCUCAGCGAAAUUAUCGCAUCCAAAGCCAAGAAGCAGAAAAAACUCGUGGCACGGGCCAAAACCAGGGAUUCGAAUGCCACAAAGAAGACUGCGACUCCCGCGGCGAAACCAGAGGCGCCAAAAGCAGAGGAACCACAAAAAGAACACAAACAACUCAGCAUGGCCGAAAUGCUGGCCCAAAAGGUGGAAAAGGGCAAAGGCGGUAUGGUAAUGGGAAAGGCAAAGCCUUCGAAACAAGUGCAGUCUGCUGCAGCGGACGACUUUGGAGACGACGACUUGAAGUUAGAGGACUUUAUGCCGUCUGACGACGAGGAAGAAGAAGAACAGGAGCCAGAGCUGACGCCGGAGGAAGAACACAAGAAGAGGCUGCAAUGGGAGAAGCCAAACUGGACCCAGGCGAAACUAAGAACCACUACCAAGGGAAACAAGAUCAAGGCCGGAAAGUAUAUCAGUGCACCAAUCACCAAUAUUCCAAAGAAGAUCAACGAAGGGCUGGAAGAGGACGAGGACGAUGCCCCGAGUAAGGGUGCCCUGAUGAAGGGCGCCAUGAAAAUGGUUGCUCUUCCAAAGGUAAAGAAACACCAAGCUGGCUUGAAUUUCACGGGCAACGGAGCUAGAAUCCGGGAUGGUAGACAGAUAGAAAAACAGAUCAACCCCAAGGUCAAUAAGGACAAGGAAGAAGUCAAGAUCUGGGGAGCUGACCCAGAGGAGCUGAAACUGACACCAAGAGGACUGACUGCAAGGAAAGGGAAGGUUCUGUCGGACGACAACAUCACUCAAGCAACUCAGCUCAAGAAGUAUCAGUUCGAGAAGCCGUCGUGGGCGAAAACGAAGAAAGACCACCUCUUGAAGCACACAGAAACGGGCGAGCAAUUGAAAGAGGGGGAAGAUAUUGCGCCGAAAAUCACUGAAGCUGUGGAUGAAAAGAAAUACACAUUUGAAAAGCCAUCCUGGACGAAAGCGAAGCUCAAGAAUACGGAUCAGGGAGAGAAAGUCAAGUCAGGGGAAUAUUUGUCGGCGCCAAUCGUUGUUUUGGAUAAGAAAACCAUGAACGUGAACAUGGAGGCCAACCCUGCUUUUCUGCGAAUGACUGACCAGGGAGAAAAACUGAUGGAAGAGGGCAAUUUGGAGGCACCGAUUACAGCAGCUCCUGAGCUGGCAAAGCAGAAUAGAAGGUAG